ACAUGACAUAUUUCGAGCAUUUCAGAAAACCCCACACUCAGAGAGAGAGAGGGAGGAAGAAGAAGGGGAAGAUUGGAUAGAGAAUUGUGGAAUAGAAGAGAGAAAUGGCAAGGUUGGUGGCUGUGCAACCGCAGCAGAGAAACCCAUCGUUCUCUCUCCUCCCUCCUUCCUCUCUCUCUGAUUUCAAUGGCACCAAACUCCUCCACUCCCAACUCCAGUGUAAAAGAAGGGCAUCGCAGCCAAGAGGAGGGGCACUGCAAGUUUCAGCAUCGAGUGCAAAGAAGAUUCUUAUAAUGGGGGGAACCCGUUUCAUCGGCGUCUUCUUGUCAAGACUCCUUGUUAAAGAGGGUCAUCAGGUGACUCUGUUUACCAGAGGAAAAGCACCCAUUACUCAGCAGUUACCAGGAGAAUCCGAUGCGGAUUACACAGAUUUCGCUUCAAAGAUUUUGCACUUGAAAGGAGACAGAAAGGACUAUGACUUUGUGAAAUCCAGUCUUUCAGCUGAAGGCUAUGAUGUUGUUUAUGAUAUAAAUGGACGAGAGGCAGAAGAAGUUGUGCCGAUAAUUGAGGGACUACCGAAGUUAGAACAGUACAUAUACUGCUCUUCAGCCGGUGUCUAUCUCAAAUCUGAUCAGCUACCUCACUUUGAGACCGAUGCAGUUGAUCCAAAGAGCAGGCACAAGGGAAAGCUCGAGACAGAGAACUUGCUCGAAUCAAAGGGUGUUAACUGGACUUCAAUAAGGCCAGUCUACAUAUAUGGACCAUUGAACUAUAACCCUGUUGAAGAGUGGUUCUUCCACCGGUUGAAAGCUGGCCGCCCAAUCCCAGUUCCAAACUCGGGGAUACAAAUUACACAGCUUGGUCAUGUCAAGGACUUAGCGACAGCCUUCAUUAAGGUUCUUGGUAACGAGAAGGCCAGCAAACAAGUAUUCAACAUCUCGGGAGACAAAUAUGUCACCUUUGACGGACUAGCGAAAGCAUGCGCAAAGGCUGCUGGUUUUCCUGAGCCGGAGAUCGUUCACUACAACCCUAAAGAGUUCGAUUUUGGCAAGAAGAAGGCCUUUCCAUUCCGUGAUCAGCAUUUCUUUGCAUCAAUCGACAAAGCGAAGAGCGUGCUCGGAUGGAAGCCCGAAUAUGGCCUGGUUGAAGGUCUUGCAGACUCGUACAACCUAGACUUUGGGAGAGGAACAUUCAGAAAAGCUGCUGAUUUCUCAACAGAUGACAUCAUUCUUGGCAAAAGUCUUGUCCUCACCUAAAUCGUUAAACGUAAAUAUAUUUCGUUGGUAUUUUAGUCCAAAGUCCACAAAAAUGUAAUUUGAAAAUUAAACCCUGCGACUAAUCUUUCGUUGAAUCUGUUCCAAUUGGGGUAAAGACAUUUCUAUAUUUUUCUAAAUGCAAAGAUGAACAAGUUCAAG